AUGGCCGUCCCUCCCGCUCAACAAAUCCAGCAGCUCGAGCGCGAAGUUUUGGACUCGAGCCGCACUCUCUACGAUAUCGGGGAGAAGGUCAGCCGGGUCGACGGGAUUCUUGGGAAACAAGAACAUAUCAAGCAGUGGUUUGAAGCCUGCUACGCGUACAAGAAGUUUAUCACCCAAUCAGACUUUCUUGCGCUCCGCGUCUCUACGUAUUUGAGCUCCUCCUUUAUGAGCAUCAUAGAUCCUGGAGCUUCUGUUCCGGCCAACAAGACGAUCGCCGGGCUGUCGGCAUAUGCUGAGGGAUUUGAAUCGUUCUAUGCAAUCAGCUUAUCUGACGGUAUCGAUGCCACUCUCAAGUCCACCGAGACCAUCGCAAACGACCUGCAACAUGCCGUCGACGAUAUCCUCAAACAAAGCACCAAUGUGUUCGAAGACGACGACGAGAGCGUGUACUACAAGCAGACCCGUUUCGACAUCUUUCUCAGGGUGUUCUUCAGCCUUGAAAAGUCCCUCGUUAGUCUGUUCGGCUCGACUUGGCACCAGGAUGACCCAGUGCCUCGCGUUGUUGUCGCGGACAAACCUGAAGACUCCCCGGCGCACCCCCAGUGUGCGUUCACUAUUCGAGGCAAAGAUGCCAGGCGUUUGCGAGACCUCAUGGACGAUGUCGCGAAGGACGUGAGGCAUGUGCGCGACCAGCUCAAACAACAGCAGGCGCUCUUUUGUGAGGUGUUCGAUCGGCCGGGGUCCGAGCUUAAAGAGGAUAUCCGGGACCGUAUCACUGCACUCGAAGCAGACGGUGACGACGCGACUCAGACGACCCAGGCCCGCGGGAGCCCUUACUGGACGGAGCUCGCGGCGCUUUACGACGUCUACGCCAGGACGUCCAAGUCAGCGUACUAG